AUGGCUAGGAAACGAGGAUUGGCAUCUAUUAAGGCCAUCACGGGUGAGCGGAUGGAAAUGUUCCAUCGGGCACUCGAUGGUUACAUAUCCAAGGGCUUCUGUGCUAUCGUCAAGGAUAAUCGCCUCGACCCAUCUAAGCCAGAAGCAUCUACGUGCCAAUCUAUCUGGGAGAAGCUGAGUAAGGGCACCCCUUAUCAAGGGUCACUCGCCCCUCUGCCAGAGCACUUCACAGCUAGUCAUCUAGUCUACCGAGACCAACAUCCAACUACGCCUUGCCGUAUAGUCUUAGACUAUAGAGAGGCAAAUCUAUACUCUCUAAGAGGCGGUUAUCCACAGAAUAGUCUACAUGGUACUCUACUCUUAUUGAGGUCAUCUAAGUACUUCGUUGCCGGUGAUUUGAGUAAAGCAUUCUGUAGAAUGCAAUCUAGCCGUGCAGACGUACCCUAUGUGGGGUAUACCUGUAUUGGACCUUUCACGGUCCUAUGGUCACGUGUUGGAUUUGGAACUAGGGCGGCACCUAAUAUGUUGGAUAGUGUUGUGGAUGAUACCAUCGACGAGAUCUACGACUUGAGUCAACUAGCGGCUGAAAUCGAUGGAGACACUUUCGAAGUCGCUGUGAAAAGUAUCGACCCAGGAAGGAUCAAGAGUGUAUUACUCUAUCCUUCGGAAGAAGGCUAUGACUAUCUAUGUGACGGUCCACCUAUACCGAGCCACGUGAAGAUGCUAAAGUUCGUUGAUGACAUCUACGCUUUAGGAUCUACAGUUGCUGAAGCUCAACGCAACUACCGAUUUGUAUCAUACCUACUCAAAGGGCAUGAUCUACCCGCUGAAGACCUGAAGAAGUUCGAGAACUGGAUCUGCAAAUCUGUAGCGGGUAUCGAGACACGUGGACAUCUAUUAGGGUACGACUAUCUACCGUCUAACGAUGGCCUCUAUCCCACGAUGUCUGCUAAGCCACCUGAGGGCCUUACAUAUAUGAGCAAGCGCUCAUCUAGUAGCAUCCUGGCUUCUCUCUAUGAUCCAUUGGGUCUAAUCAUAGAACAGGAUAUUCGAGCUAGAUCUCUAUGGCGGCGAAUCUGCCAGGAGAUCAAAGAGUGGGAUCAAAUGAUCCCCUAUCAGUUACAGCAGCAGGUUGUUAGAUGGGCCUCCGAAACUACCCAAGUAUGUAAAACUAUAUCUACGUCAAGGUUUACUCCCUAUGAUGCAGAGCUGGUCCUCAGCACAGAUGCAUCUAAGGAUGCUUGGGGCGCCGAUCUACGAUUAAAAUCCAGACCUGACGUGCGUCUGGCAGCUAAAGGAGCUUUGUAUACAAACUCUACUCUAUCCUGGUCUAUCCCUAGGAAAGAGUUAGAUGCCCUCUAUCGAGGUUUGCUCUGGACCCAGGCAUUAUCGGCAUAUCUACCGAUCAAGAGCAUCUAUGGGGAGAAUCAAGCCCCAUUGAGUAAGCUCAGCCCCGGGGUACCUAUCUAUCGACUGGUUGUGGCGAUCGACUCGGAGCUCACAGUAUAUCGGCUAAGGAGACCAUCGAACGAUACUCGACUUCCAGCACCUGAAAGAAGGCGGCUUCAAGCUAUACGUAAUCUAUGCGUUCAGCUCGAUGCCACGGUGCGACAUAUUCCUUCUGGAUGCAAUCCAGCGGACUCUGUAUCUCGGUAUGCAAUGGGGAGAGACUUCGAUGGCCACAAACUAAGUGAAGCUAUCGAUUCUGCUAGCGUGAUCUACGACUACCGAGAGGACACUUCUGGUGACGAAGAUUGCCAGUUCGAUAAGGACAUCUACUGUCAUGUCGCAUCAUGUAUCCACGAUCCUGAGCGGGAUCUGCUAUUCUCACCUAUCCCCUCCGUGACCGCGGGGUGCUGCGCUACGCUUGCACCGCCUACAACCGCUAACGCGGGGUGCUACGCUACGCUUGCACCGCCUACAACCGCUGACGCGGGGUGCUACGCUACGCUCGCACCAAACACUAUCUAUGCCUAUGGGUUUAGACCAUUUUGUCCUACUACAUUGGGGUUAUCUCUAUCCACAGUCGUGGACGUGGGGUGCGGUCAGACAGUACAGUCUGAGCAAGAGAUCCGUGGCCCCUACCAAAAAAUGAAAUCUAAGGCUAAAUUAGGCGUGUAUCCUUCUCUCUCUCCAACGGCAACGAAUAUCGGGUGUGGUGGAAGGUGCUGUCUCAUCAACUGUGAUGGUAUCGAUGUCCCCAACAUCGAUAAGACUGACCUAUCCACAGAGCUGAAGGAUGAAUUAAAGAACCUAGCGAGACAUAUUGACGUCUCGAGAGGGACAGAGGCCGAUCUGAGUCAUCUACAGGAUAGCAUCGAGUUCAACAGCGACCUCAACACCUGUCUAAGACGAUGUCAAUCCGAAGACGAAGAUCUGGCAAAGUUCCGAGAUUAUCUACUCGGCAAGCUUCCUAGAAGAUCCGUGGGUAUGAGGAGUACUACCUUUGAUCGAAUGGAGAGUCACUGUCAUCUAGACCAAGACGGUAUCAUAAGGCAGAGGCCUUGGUAUGAAGGUCCUUCUCGAGAGGAUGACGUUGAUGGGAUGAUCUAUCUCGGCGGAUCAAGAUAUGCUCGUCUGGUAUGCAGUCUACUUUGCGUUAUCUACCAUUAUGUCUUGGCACACCCUGGACGGAGGAAGCUGCGGCUAUAUCUUCAGAGACGAUUUAUCGGUCGUGGCCUGUCGAGAAUUAUAUCGAAGACAACAUCUAGCUGUACCUUAUGUCUCAAGGCGAGGGCAUCCAAAGCCAUUCGAUAUGCUAACAAUGCCGUACAAGAUAUGGUCGUUACGCAACUAUGGCAGCUAGUUGGGAUCGAUAUCCUGGGUCCGUAUGGAAGAGCAUCUACGCGAAAUCAAGGCGGAGACUCUCGAGCUGAGAACACCUAUCGGCUUGACCCAUCUAAGGAUUAUUACGUGCUGGUCUGCCAGGAUGCUAUCAGUGGGUUUAUCGCAUCUAGGCCACUGCGUGACUGCAAAGGGCCUACUAUCGCUGCAGCAAUCCAUUCAGUGUUCUGCGAACAUGGGUCACCUAGCGUAGCCCUGUGUGACAAGGCACAUGGAUCUAUCCUAUCCAAGGCAGUACUAUCUACUAUGGUCAAGCAUCGGUGUCGGUUGUACAGUCUACCUGGUUACUCAGCCCAUCUCUCCUUCUGGGAAAGGGCACAUCGUGACCUAAUGGAGACUACCCGUACCAUCAGCGGAUCUAAUGAAGACGCGGUUGAACAACUUUUCAACCUUAUGCUAGCCAUACGCAUCUAUAACUGUACCCCCAAGCAUUGGACCUAUAUGAGCCCAAGCUACUUACAUUACAGUUAUGGUGGACGACUACCGGGGGAUGCACCCCCAUCUACAAUAGACUUCAAAAAAUUGGACUCGCGCUACCUUAACGCCGAGUAUCUACCCUUUGCUCGAGGUCUAUUACCAACUCUAUGGGACUACCAAGAGCGCAUGAAGUCAAGCGUGGAGGAGUAUGUUGAGGUUUGGCGACAGAAGCAGGCCGAUCUACGUGAGCGCUAUAUCAAGGAGACUCCGCAAUGUGACCAACUAGAGGCCUUCGAUCUAGUUUAUAUGUUGAAUGCCCCUGAUGUUGAUAUUGGAAACCAUCUAUCUAGCAAAUGGCGUGGGCCAUACACCGUCGUUUCUAUGGCAGGAUCUAGUAUGGCUAAGCUGGUAUAUGGCGUUGUCUUACCCGCAGACUACGGUGGCUCACUCCGACUAUCGGCGGAUGGCAAAUCUAUAGAGAACUGGCCUCUACCUGACAAAUUAGUUCAAGCGGCGACCCGUAAUCUGGUACCGGCUACGUCUCUCAAGACAUUGAUCUAUGAUCAUUAUCGACGUGGUAUCCGUGUAUACCAAGAUCUACAAGGAGAUUUCUCUACGAUGAGAGCAUCUAGUGAUGGGUCCGACCAAUCUAAGAUACUGCUAGAACGAACCCGACAACUAUGUUCCCAGAAUGCUACAGGUGAACCUACCCCAGCGGUAUCUAACCCAUGUACAUCUGGAGAUGCGGCUCAAGAUGGCCAGCCAGCUGACAACCCCGAGUCUAUGAACUCUACGAUAACAACGAGGUUCGGUUCUAAAUUGAUGAUCUACCCUCAAGAUGGUUGGUUGGUUGCUUCUACUUCUAGGGUCUAUGCGGGACUUGCUGUGGUAUCGAAUGACAUUGCAACUCCGAACCCUACAGUGCAUUGUAGGCAGGAAACCAAAUUGGUCCACAUCCAACCUAUUACCCUGGGUCUACUCGGUGAGCUCUCUGUAUCCCCUAAUAUCGAUAGUGUCAUUGUUCGACAAGAAGAGCUCAUUUUCAUCGCGCCAUCAACUAGGGCUCUUACACGAUCCUUAUCGGUAAGGACGAGGAAUCUACUUGAACGGUUAUGCAAGCUAUAA